GCAAUUACAAACUAAGAAAAAACCAACUUCAGCUUAUGAUCAUACGGAAACAAGUUGCGUAAAAGUUCUUCCUUCCUAAUAAGAGGCCGGUAGAAUCUGAAGAAAAGCUUGCUUUAGUUGAGUCGAGAGAAAUUGUGGAAUAAGAUUGCCGAGUUGCAAGAAGGUGAUAUUAUUGUCGGAAAAGUGACGAAACACAUUGAGAACGAGGUUGAAAGGAUGAAAAGUGCAACAGUUAUCGGAGGAACUUCACAUCCGGAGCUUUUGCGCUUGAUUUCACAACGUUUAGGGAAAGAGCCUUGCAGGGUGUCAUUGAAGCGAUUUUCGAAUGGGGAAACAAGUGUAGAGAUCCACGACUCUGUGCGUGACAAAGAUGUUUUUGUUCUUCAAAGUGGUAGCUCUACUGUGAACGACAGUUUGAUGGAAUUACUCGUUAUGAUUAGCGCUUGCAAAGGUGGCUCCGCUAGGAGGAUCACAGCUGUAAUGCCUUAUUUCCCUUAUUCUAAGCAAUCAAAAAAGAGAAAGUAUCGUGACGCAAUCACUGCACGAAUGGUUGCGAAUUUGUUAACCGUAGCUGGUGUUGAUCAUAUAAUAACUUUGGACUUGCAUGCAUCUCAAAUGCAGGGGUUCUUCACCCGUCCAGUAGACAACUUGUACGCUGAACCUAAUAUUGCCGAAUGGAUUCGCAGAAAUGUUGAGGAUUGGCAAGAAGCAGUUGUGGUUUCGAAAAGCCCAGGUGGUGCCAAGCGGGUAACUAGCAUGGCUGACACUCUAGGUUUGGAAUUCGCUUUAUGUAACACAGACAGGAGUAGGCGCUCUCACUUUCCCGCUACUAUCAAUGAUUCUAUAGUCGAGGAAGAACGCGUUCCUAACAGGCACUCGGAACGUCCCCGUAUCCACACCUCCAAAUAUUUAUUGGGACAUAUCGUGGACGACGAGGACGUUGUUAGUACUCCUGUCAGCAAUUUUUCGGAGGACUGCACGCUUGAGAAUACUUAUUCUCAAGGCGGAUGUCCUAGUGAUGAUGAAGAAGAAGAAAACAUAAUCUCUGCCUCUAUCUUCACUGAGCGCAUGAUCACCUUAGUUGGUGAUGUGAGGGGUAAAACCACCUUAUUAAUGGACGAUAUGAUUGAGAAUCCUACCGCUUUUGUCAUUGCUGCCGAACAUUUGGUUAAGCGCUGCGGUGCGAAACGUGUCAUUGUCAUGGGCUCCCACGGCAUUUUCCAAAAUAAUUGCCUCGAAGAGUUGGAAAACUGUAAUUGUAUUGAGCAAAUUGUUGUGACAAAUACUUAUCCCAUAAAGCCAGAGUUAAUAGCGCAAAGCACUAAGCUUGCUGUGAUUGACAUUAGUGGUGUUUUGGCUGAAGCCAUCCGUCGUACUCACAAUGGUGAGAGUAUUAGCUUUCUGUUUAAAAAAGCUCAUUGAAAUUACUCCCCCUUCCAUAGCUAUAGCUUUAGGAGCAGACGCUCGUUGUUUUGCACAUGUGCCAAUUUAAUGUUGGUCUCUAAUCUGCACAAUGAACCUUUUUUUGGAUUUUUUUUAAUAUACUUAUCAUAAAAAUAUACAGAACAUUGGAACAGUAGUAGACCUUAGAGAAGGGCCGAGCUGUACCACCCUUUAUCAUCCUCAUUUUCCAACUGUAAAGAGCAAGAGACUACCUAAAUACUCUUUUAUAGAG